AUGAAAAAAGAAGGAGAAGAACACACAAAGUUUGAAUUUAUGAGUGCUUACUUGGCGUUGCAUAUGGUGCACAUCCUGCUGAAGGCUCUUACCUAUAUUUUCUCUCCAUAUUUUUCUUCAUCGCUCCUUCCAGCUUUUAAAAUGCCCGGGUCUCCUGAAAAAUUGCUGCCAUCUUCACAUAUACAGCGUCAUAAUUUCCCAGCUAAAGCUCUCGAAGCACGAAAAAAGAAAACACAACAAGCAACAAAAAAAUAG